CUUAGAUUUUGGGUCAGACUAUUUGAUUUUCAUCGCUAUCCCAUUCUCUUACUCCUCCUUGUAUCUCGCGGCUUCUAGGUUUAGGGUUUGUUCAGUUCACGCGUUAUUCUCCUCCUCCUCCUCCUGCAAUUCGAUAACUUAUUUCAUCGCAGGUAAAAGGUUUGGCGUAUUUUGUAUUUGAGAAGAUAACUAUAAUGGCUGGAGUACUAGCUGGGGAAGGUUCCUACAGUGAGAGUGGAGUUUCAUCUCACUCCAGAAACUCUCAAGAAAAGCAGCAAGACGAGGGUUCCCGCUGGUAUUUCGGAAGAAGAGAAAUUGAAGAAAAUUCGCCUUCAAGGUUGGAUGGUAUUGACUUGAAGAAGGAAACUUACCUCCGUAAAUCCUACUGCACUUAUCUCCAGGACUUGGGCAUGAGAUUGAAAGUUCCCCAGGUUACAAUAGCUACAGCGAUAAUCUUCUGUCAUCGAUUCUUCUUUCGCCAAUCACAUGCAAAGAAUGACAGAAGGACAAUUGCUACCGUAUGCAUGUUCCUUGCUGGAAAGGUUGAGGAAACUCCACGUUCCUUGAAAGAAGUUAUUUGUGUAUCUUAUGAGAUAAUAAAUAAGAAGGAUCCUGCUGCUGCACAGAAAAUCAAGCAAAAGGAAGUAUAUGAGCAACAGAAAGAGCUUAUAUUAAACGGAGAGAAAAUAGUACUUUCUACAUUAGGCUUUGACCUCAAUGUUAAUCAUCCUUAUAAACCUCUUGUAGAAGCAAUAAAGAAAUUUAAGGUUGCGCAGAAUGCUCUUGCCCAAGUUGCAUGGAAUUUUGUUAACGAUGGUCUGCGGACAUCACUCAGCCUGCAGUUUAAGCCUCAUCACAUUGCGGCUGGUGCUAUUUUUCUUGCUGCCAAGUUUCUUAAAGUGAAGUUACCAUCAGACGGAGAGAAGGUUUGGUGGCAAGAGUUUGAUGUCACACCUCGACAAUUAGAGGCGCGUCGGCUAGGCUCCAGAAAUGGAGCGUCAACCGAUGAUCAUGUUGGUUCUAGGCAAACAUCAGAACGUUCAACCCAUGAACAUUCAAAUUCUGAGAAUCAUGGAGGUUCAUCAAAAGGCGUAUUGAAUCAGAACAAUGAUAAUGGGGGUGGUGAGGCAGCUAAUGUCAGUGUUGAUCACAAAGAGGAGAUAAAGAGAGAAACAAAAGAUAGCUCGCAUCAUGAAAAUCAUCCAGCUCAUGACUCUAGACCUUUAGUUGAUGAACCUGGGAAGGACAAUUCAGAAAAAGAGAGUGGGGAGCUUCAAGAUGAUGGCGCUGCUGUUCCUAAAUGUAGAAAGGUUGAAACAGGGGAUGCCCCAAUCAUCCAAUCGCCAAAAGACUUGAAAUUACUUCGGGAUAAGGUGAAGGCAAAACGAGAAAAGGCUAAGAAGUUGCUUGGUGAAAGAACGAGGGAAAAGGAUGUGAUGGAUGAGGAUGAUUUGAUUGAAAGAGAAUUGGAAGAUGUGGAACUAGCUGUUGAGGAUGAAAAGGCGAACCAAAGGAAUGCACAGAGCAGCUCAAAGGCCGAGAACUCUGAUCUCAUGGGUACAGAACAUGGUGAGAUUCGUGAUGUUAAAGGAGGCAAAAAUGCAGAAGAAGGUGAAAUGUUAAACGAUGUCUCCCCAAUGCAUAACAGAAAGAGAAAAAUGGGAAGUAGCCCUCCUGAAAAACAGUUAGAAGGAAAGAGACGCUACUAUAGUGAGAACGGUGAAGAAGGCCACAGGACGACCAGCAGAGGUAGUAGUCAUCAUGGUGAUAGAGAGCAGAGAAGACGCUCACAAGAGAACAACCAUUCAUGAGAGAGGUAAUGAUUAUUAAAACUGCUACUCUUGAUAUCUCAUCUUAUGGUCUUUCUAAAGACCUUUGGUACUUUGAACUUAACUACUACAUGGGUCGGUUCAGUCGUUGGAACCGUGGUCGGUGUAUUUUAUGUUUAAUUAUAUAAUCUAUUUUUGGCAUUUUGCACAAUCCAACGGCUUGAACGAGAACUCAUCAUCCUAAAAGGAUGUUGAUAAGCUAAUCAAGCUUUCUUCUAGUACGUAGUACUCCAUGCUAGGGAACUUAAAGUAUGCAUUAUAUCACCUGCUUUUUUUUCCGCCUAAUCUUAAACUCGGAAAUGGUUUGUUUCCGCUGGAAAACUUUAUACUUUCAUUUGCUUAAAUAUAUAGCCAUUAUGAUAAAGUUUCCUCCACUGUGGUAAGAUAAGAGUUGUCAGUUAUUGCCUGAGAUACCGAUCAUAUGAAGUGUAAGUUCUGGUCACUUUUGAUAGCUUCUCCGAGAUUUUGUUAUUGCCAUAUACUUUUUAUCUCAUUUUUUUUGAUAAAUAUAUACUUUUUAUCUCAUGUAAAAGAGAAACAUUUGUACGCUAUUGAAACGAGUUAUGUAAUGAAUCUAUCGACAUACUUUUCUCUAUGUGUUGUCUUGUGUUUUUAUAGUUCUAAA